UUUUCUUUUUCAUUAAGAAAAAAAAAAAAAAACUUCCUUUCCCUUCAUUAUAAAAUAUUGAGAGAUAACUCUCUUUUAUAUAUACUUUCCUUUUAAAUAAUGUUCGUACGUACCCCGAUUGCCAUUGCACUUGCUUGUAUUGCAGCCGUAUUUACAGUUGAAGCCGCACCUACUAACUGUUUAAAAACCUAUAAAGUAGUUGCAAGUGAUACAUGUUAUGAUAUUGCAAUGAAAAAUCAUAUUACCACCACCAAAUUACGUUCUUUAAAUUCUUCGAUCAACUCUAAAUGUAGUAAUUUAAAGAUGGGUCAAAAGCUCUGUGUCAGUGUUUCUAAUAGUGUCAGUAACAAGAAAACUACUACCAAGAAGAAGGCCGAUAGUAAGAAGAAAACCACUACCAAGAAGAAGACGGGUAGUAAGAAGAAAACAACAACAGCUACUACUACAAAAAAGAAGACAACCACCACUAAAAAGUCCACAAAGAAGCCUACCACUGAUUCUUCUGCUCCAACUGCAUCACCACCCAACAUUGCUAAUUAUGGCUUGACUGCUCAAAUCACUAGCUCCUCCGACUUUUGUCUUUUCCUUCCAAACAGUCCAGGUGGUAAGGCCGAUAAUAAGGGUAAAGUGGAUGUGGAAGCGAUUUCUAAAUCAGAAAAGAAUGCAGUAGCUUUCUGCUUGAAGCCCUCUGCUAAAGCUCCUGGUGCCCGUACUUUACCUGUUAAUUUUAUCAAAACUGCUCACUUUUACAAGAAUACAACAGCCGGUUAUAUUCAAGUGACAGGUAAAUUUAACCCUGCUGCAUAUGAACUUUCUACUAAAGAUGAGGGCGGACAAUACGAUGAUCAUGGUAAAGGUUCCCCUCCCAACUCGAUCUGCUAUGGCUACAAAUAUUAUGUUAAUUUAAUUGAGCCCAGCAAUCCAGAUUAUUGUAUUCGAUGCUGUAACACAUAUGAAGAUUGUCAUGCUGGUAGAAGUACUUAUGGCUGCAAGCGUGUUGUUAGCAAUGGCAUCUAUGUAUAAAAUUUAAGCUAUUUAAAUAAACAUAAUAAUUUUAAAAUUAAA